GUGUGUGUGUGUGUGAGUCAGAGAGUGACUGACUGAGUGAGGAAGUGGGACAGCUCCACAGGUUAAAGGCAGGAGGUUUCUUCUGCUGGAGCUGCUUCUGCAAGCCUUGAGAAUCCAAGCUCCUGCAAGGAACCCAGAUUGGAACAGCUACUCUCUGCACCUGUACCUACAAACCCCAACGAAACGCUGACCUUGCUCAACACUUGUCUUUGUCUCAGAGUGCAGUCAUUUGAUAUUGUGGGUGAAGAGAUCGUUCAGUGAUUCAUGCAGAUCAUAUACUUGAUGCAUAUUAUUUUUAGACUGGGAAUACUUAAGUUCUAUGCCAAUUAAAGGUAAAGAUAUUUUUGACGGGAACCCUGAAUAGGGGCCAUUCAGUCAGUGACAGAUCCCUUUAACAAUGAAUAUUCAGCCCCCGGGGAAGAACUCAGUAAAACGAAAAGGCAAACAGAUAUCAGCCUUUGGUGAGAGAGUUUCUCUUCAGCAGGAGCCCUUUCCCCAGACAAAGAAUGGACUGCUUUAUGCCACUGGCAGCAAUGUGCAGAUCUCAGAUGGUGGUUUGAAUCCACAUUCGGCAGAAUCUAAACCUCUGAACGGAUCAGACAGUGUGUUGAUGGAUUCAGAAAAAAAUGACAUAAAUAGACUUUCACAGAAAAGUGCAAAUCAAACCGUGCCAAUGAAAUGGACACAACCAGUUUCAAAUCGUCAUUCGUCCGAAAAGAGCAAUGUUAACUGGCAGCUAUCCAAUCAGGGCAGCUCAUGGACUCCGAGCACAAGUUUUGGUGCGAAGAAGGUAGCUAUGAGCAGUGUUGAUUCAAGUGCCCCAGGACCUUUCGUGCAGACUUAUGCCAAGCAAAGACCAUUAAGCCAGCUGCCGCAUGAAUCUUUUCAAAGGCACCCAGAUGCAGCUGUCAAUGUGUCGCAACUGGGUUUAUUUGGAGAUGCAAUAAAGCAGAUAACUGAGAAGGCUCAGCUAGCACAGAAGCAGGCUGUGACCAAGCAGCAAGUUGACUCGCUCAGUCUGGCACAGCAAAUACAAUACCAGCAGCACCCACACCAUCACCAACAGCAAAUCUUACAACAGCAACGCCAACACCAACAAACUCAACACCAACCAAUCCAGCAUCAUCAUCAACAAACCCAUGUCCAACUCCAACAACAACAAACCCUUGUCCAUCAUCAGCAACAAACCCAUCCCCAGCACCAUGAACAAACUCAACCCCAACACCAAAACCACCAACAAACUCAAAUCCAAUCCCAACAUCAACACUUUCAACAACAAACCCAACCCCAACAACAAACUCAACACCAACACCUUCAGCUAACUCAAUCCCAACACCAUCAACAAAUUCAAUCCCAGCACCAACAACAAAUUCAACUCCCAAACCACCAACAAACUCAAAUCCAACCCCAACAUCAACACCAUCAACAACAGACCCAACCCCAACAACAAACUCAACACCAUGAACAGCAAACGCAACACCAUCACCAGCAAAUCCAUCCACAGCAAAAUCAGCACCAAAAUCAACAUCAACUGCAGCUCCAACAUCAAGAGCAACAACAUAAUGAAGCUUUGCCUCACCACCCAUUCUAUCAGUUUCCGUACGAUCAACAGAGGCAAGACUUGCCCCCGAAUACGGUUAUGAAGUUGUUCCGUCAAAGUCAGCAGCCUCUUUAUAGCCAUCCAACACAAAAUAUGUCUCAACAGCAGAUAUUUCAAAAAUUCUUCCCUCACCAGCAACCUCCUCAGUCUCUUGGUCUUCAGCGGCUUCAAGCCAGCCGGAUGCCCGAUCCUUCCCAACCUCAGGUGCAGUCAAUAGCAAAUCAGUUCCAGCAAUUCGCUGACACUCAGGUCAGCCAAGGGCUACAGAAGGUGCUGGUUUGCCACAAACAGGAACCUCCUCCGAUUCAGGCGCCCUUAAAAUUUCAGGCACAAUUACCAAAUCGAGUGGGGCAGGCCUGUAAGAAGAAUGUGAAGACAUCGAAUAAUACAGAGAACAUUGGUAACCCUUCACUGCAGCAUUGGCCUCAGGCAUUUGGACCAGAGCUUCAGAAACUACUCAACGUGCCACUUGAGCAUCAUAGUACGCUCAGUCUUCGUCACAAACCAGAGGUGGAUUUACUUCAGACGAAGAACAAGCAGUGGCAAGGACAAGCAAAUCAAGUUAAGCACUUGAGUCAGAGAGAAAAUAACACGACUCAACCUGCACAAAAUGGUAGAAAGCAGCAGGGGACAACUACCCAGAAAGACAUCACAGGAGAGGAGGUGCAAGCGAACUGUAUUAUCCAGAGCACCCCAAAAACUCAAAUAAUUUCUAAUGAUUUAAAGGUACUUCAAGCAGGUCAAAGAGAAUCACCAGAUAAUUGGAACCGUUCGGUUAAGGGCAAACCCGCUCAAGAGAAGAGGAAAGUGAGGGCUGCUGGGAACUCAAAGGUCAUCCCACAGGUUGCUGACUCUACACCAUCCACAGAGUCACAAAAUGAAGGUAGCCUGAUGCCACUUAUAAUACCAGUAUCCGUGCCUGUCAAAAAGGAAAACUUAAGUACUACGAACAACAGAAAAGGUGAAUCCAAGGACUCAUCAGACAAAAUGGAAACAUCAGAACAAGGUCCGUCAUCAGCAACUCGCAAACGGAGGUCUAGUAGGGGAGCAGUGCCAGAGCCUUCAGCCCAGAACAAUGAUGGUCCCAGGAGGGACGAGAAUCUGUCGGCAAAGUUAAAACGAAGGCCACGGCCGGAGCCACUCUUCAUUCCGCCCAAACCUCUCAACCACGUCUCUGUCAUUACCUACCCGCCAGGAGCUAUCUACCAGAGCAACCUGAGGUCGCCGGUCCGAUUACUCGACCACCACCCCAUGGACAGGAACUUCCAGCCUCCACCCUACACCCCUCCCCCCAUCCUCAGCCCCAUGCGGGAGGGCUCGGGGCUCUACUUCAAUGCUUUCCUCUUCCAGCCGGUAACACCAAAGUCUACGACUAAAACCUACCUGUACCGAUCAAAGAGUGCUGAGACUCCUCCUGUUCUCUCCAACGUAAAUGAUGCAACACCGGCCUGCAUUGAACCGCAGAUUAACAUUGGUCCCCGAUUCCAGGCUGAAAUACCAAGGCUGCAGGACAGGUCCUUGGCAGCACUGGAUGACAACCACGCUGACCUUGUGUGGAAGCCAUGGGAGGAGCUCGGAAUCAAACACCUUACUCAGCAGACAGUAGACGAUCUGUUGAACCUGUCUUGCUCCAGUGUAUUGUCAGGAGGAGGUACAAACCAGGAGCUAGCCUUGCACUGUCUGCAUGAAUCCAAGGGCAAUGUUGUGGCAGCCCUGAACAUGCUGCUACUAAGAAGGACCCCACGAGCCAGAAGCCAGGUGAUGUCAAGUUAUCACUACGCUGGUUCAGACAAGUGGACGGUCACAGAGAAGAGGUUAUUCAACAGGGGCCUUGCGACGCACAAGAAAGAUUUCUUCCUGGUUCAGAAGCUGGUUAAAACGAAGACGGUGGCGCAAUGUGUGGAGUUUUACUAUACGUACAAAAAGCAGGUGAAAAUCAGCAGGAAUGGCAUGCUGGUGUUUGGGGACAGCGAGGUGUGCAGCAGGAGGAACGUGGAGGAGCAGGUUGAAGUGGACAGGAAGGAUUCUCUCCAUCGUAAAUGUCGAAUUCCACUCCCCCUUGACAUUGAGUGGGAAUCAGAGGAAGAGGAUGAGUCAGCCGAUGGGAAGCCAAUCCUGAUCCCUCUGAAGGUCACACAGGCAGGACGGGCAUCUGAAGUGGGUCAUGACGUUCGUGUGCGGAGGAACCAUGACCCCACGUACAGGAGCUCUUGCAGACAGAGGCAACCGGCUGCUGUGGCCAGACCCUUGCCUCCCACCGGAGACAAGCUCCAACCGGACGUCUUGGCCAAACGCGUCAAACAGGAUCAGGAAAACACCUUUCCUUGCAAGAAAUGUGGCAAGGUUUUCUCCAAGGUGAAGAGUCGCAGUGCUCACAUGAAAAGCCACAGUGUUCAAGAGAAGAAGCAGCGGGAGGCGGAGGAGCAGGAAGCCGAGAGCAGUGAACACACAAAGGACCAGGAGGAGUUAGAUGACCUUUAUUACUACUAUGACCCUGCGUAGCAGCAAUGGGCUUGCUGUUAGAAACGAACUUGGAAAGCCUGAUCUGCCCAGGUCAGAAACGGGUCAGUCACAGCCUGACUUUUGGGUGACGAUUCCAAUGGAGCAGAUCCCCUUAGAUUUCUUCUGUUGCCUCUUGAUCAGCCCAGUGACCAGUCACAUUGCAGCUUGGACAAUACAGGCUGCUGUGGGGAGUUUGACUCCACUCAUUGUCACAUCCACUGCACACGUGGCUGGUGAACAAAAGCACGAAGCCCUCACAUUUGACUGGACAGCACUCCUCCUGACCCCAGCCUCUGCCACCGCCUUGGUUUUGUGCAAUCCUCCUGACGUUCCUGAUGCACAUCCUGGAAUGUGUAACGUGGGUUCAGCUGCACAUUUUGCUGAGUGUAGAAUUCUGAGUCAUUCAUUGGUAAUGCUGACUUGGAAAAAAUACAUGUAUCCCACAAUACCGCACUAUAUACAUACAUAUAUAUAUAUUCUAUUUUUUCAUUACACUAUUUAGACUGAGUUGAAUUUUCACAUCUUAAAGCUGCAGUGUCACCAUUGAAUGUUGUACGUGAGUUUAAAAAUGCCUUCAUUGAC